GAUAGUACCUGUGCUGCUGCAAGCCCAGCUCAACACGAAACAGCUCAGCGAUCUGAAUUACAAAGCAAAACAUGAAAGUGAGAAGUUUAAGUGCAAUGUACCAGCAGAUGCUCCACAGUUUAUCCAACACAAAGUCAAUGCCUAUAACUUAAGUGAUAAUAUCUACAAGCAUGACUGGGAGAAGAGCAAAGCGAAGAAAUUCGACAUUAAAGUGGACGCCAUUCCCCUGCUGGCUGCCAAGGCCAACAGCAAGAUCGCCAGCGAUGUGAUGUACAAGAAAGACUAUGAGAAAAAUAAAGGGAAAAUGAUUGGAGCCCUGAGCAUUAAUGAUGACCCCAAGAUGCUGCACUCUUUGAAGACGGCCAAAAACCAGAGUGAUAGAUUAUACAAGGAAAACUAUGAGAAGACAAAAGCGAAGAGCAUGAACUACUGUGAGACCCCCAAAUAUCAACUUGACACUCUGCUGAAGAACUUCAGCGAGGCCAAAUACAAAGAUGCAUAUGUACAGAAUAUUCUGGGACAUUAUAUAGGCAGCUUUGAGGACCCAUAUCAAAUUCACUGCAUGAAAGUCUCAGCUCAAAACAGUGAUAAAAAUUACAAAGCAGAGUAUGAAGAAGAUAAAGGGAAAUGCUAUUUCCCUCAGACAAUAACACAAGAAUAUGAAGCAAUCAAGAAGCUAGACCAGUGUAGAGACCAUACAUACAAAGUUCAUCCAGAUAAGACCAAGUUCACAGCCGUCACUGAUAGUCCUGUGCUGCUGCAAGCCCAGCUCAACACGAAACAGCUCAGCGAUCUGAAUUACAAAGCAAAACAUGAAAGUGAGAAGUUUAAGUGCAAUGUACCAGCAGAUGCUCCACAGUUUAUCCAACACAAAGUCAAUGCCUAUAACUUAAGUGAUAAUAUCUACAAGCAUGACUGGGAGAAGAGCAAAGCGAAGAAAUUCGACAUUAAAGUGGACGCCAUUCCCCUGCUGGCUGCCAAGGCCAACAGCAAGAUCGCCAGCGAUGUGAUGUACAAGAAAGACUAUGAGAAAAAUAAAGGGAAAAUGAUUGGAGCCCUGAGCAUUAAUGAUGACCCCAAGAUGCUGCACUCUUUGAAGACGGCCAAAAACCAGAGUGAGCGUGAAUAUCGCAAAGACUAUGAGAAGUCAAAGACUAUCUACACGGCCCCUCUUGAUAUGCUCCAAGUCACUCAAGCUAAGAAAUCUCAGGAGAUUGCUAGCGAUGUGGACUAUAAGCACAUCUUGCACAAUUACAGCUACCCUCCUGAUAGCAUCAACGUGGAUCUCGCCAAGAAGGCUUAUGCACUGCAGAGUGAUGUCGAGUACAAAGCUGACUACAACAGCUGGAUGAAAGGUUGUGGCUGGGUACCUUUUGGGUCCUUAGAGAUGGAAAAGGUGAAGAGAGCUUCAGACAUCCUGAAUGAGAAAAAAUACCGCCAACAUCCGGACACUCUCAAAUUUACCUCAAUUGAAGAUGCCCCGAUCAUAGUGCAGUCGAAAAUCAACCAGGCCCAGAGAAGUGACGUUGCCUACAAAGCCAAAGGAGAAGAAAUUCUUCACAAAUACAGCCUGCCAGCGGACCUGCCCCAGUUCAUCCAGGCUAAAGUUAAUGCCUACAAUAUCAGUGAGAAUAUGUACAAAACAGACUUGAAAGAUUUGAGCAAGAAGGGAUAUGACCUGAGGUCAGACGCAAUUCCCAUCAGAGCUGCCAAAGCUGCCAGGCAGGCGGCAAGUGAUGUUCAGUACAAAAAAGAUUAUGAAAAAGCCAAAGGGAAAAUGGUUGGCUUCCAGAGUCUCCAAGAUGAUCCUAAACUGGUUCACUCUAUGAAUGUGGCUAAGCUACAAUCAGACCGAGAGUAUAAAAAAGACUACGAGAAGACAAAAACAAAAUACAACACACCCCAUGAUAUGUUCGACGUUGUGGCAGCCAAGAAAGCACAGGAUGUUGCCAGCAAUGUGAACUAUAAGCAUCAGCUCCAUCACUACACCUAUCUGCCUGAUGCCAUGGACCUGGAGUUGUCGAAAAAUAUGAUGCACAUACAGAGUGAUAACGCCUAUAAGGAAGACUACAACACCUGGAUGAAAGGCAUAGGCUGGAUACCUAUUGGCAGUCUGGAGGUAGAAAAAGUUAAGAAAGCGGGUGAUGCCCUGAAUGAAAAGAAGUACAGGCAACACCCAGACACCCUCAAAUUUACCAGCAUCGUUGACUCCCCAGUGAUGGUCCAGGCGAAACAGAACACAAAGCAAGUUAGUGAUAUCUUAUACAAAGCUAAAGGGGAAGAUGUGAAGCAUAAAUACACUAUGAGUCCUGAUCUUCCUCAGUUUCUCCAGGCCAAAUGCAAUGCUUACAAUAUAAGUGAUGUCUGUUAUAAACGGGACUGGCAUGAUUUAAUAGCCAAGGGCAACAAUGUGCUGGGGGAUGCGAUUCCCAUCGCUGCGGCCAAAGCAUCCAGAAACAUCGCCAGUGACUAUAAAUACAAGGAAGCUUAUGAGAAGUCAAAGGGGAAGCAUGUGGGUUUCAGAAGCCUCCAGGAUGAUCCCAAGCUGGUCCAUUACAUGAAUGUGGCAAAGAUGCAGUCAGAUCGUGAAUACAAGAAGAACUAUGAGAACACCAAAACCAGCUACCAUACCCCAGGGGACAUGGUUAGCAUUACUGCUGCAAAGUCGGCCCAGGAUGUUGUCACCAACGUCAACUACAAACAGCCCAUACACCAUUACACGUACCUACCUGAUGCCAUGAGUCUCGAGCAUACCAGGAAUGUGAAUCAGAUUCAGAGUGAUAACGUGUAUAAAGAUGAGUAUAACAACUUCUUCAAGGGCAUUGGAUGGAUCCCUAUUGGUUCUCUGGAGGUUGAGAAGGUCAAGAAAGCAGGUGAUGCUUUAAAUGAGAAGAAGUAUCGACAGCAUCCCGAUACCAUCAAGUUCACAAGUGUGCCUGAUUCCAUGGGCAUGGUUUUGGCUCAGCAGAACACAAAGCAGCUAAGCGAUUUGAACUACAAGGUGGAGGGGGAGAAACUGAAGCACAAGUACACUAUGGACCCUGAACUGCCUCAGUUUAUUCAGGCCAAGGUCAACGCCCUCAACAUAAGUGAUUCUCAUUAUAAAGCAGAUUGGAAGAAGACUCUUGCUAAGGGCUAUGAUUUGAGACCAGAUGCUAUUCCAAUUGUUGCUGCAAAAAGUUCAAGGAAUAUUGCUAGUGAUUUCAAGUAUAAGGAGGCUUAUGAGAAAGCCAAAGGCAGGCAAAUUGGAUUUCUCAGUCUUCAGGAUGAUCCUAAACUGGUUCAUUACAUGAAUGUGGCCAAGAUACAAUCAGAUCGUGAGUACAAAAAGGGCUAUGAAGCCAGCAAGACCAGGUAUCACACACCCUUGGACAUGUUCAGCGUGACAGCAGCCAAGAAAUCUCAGGAGGUUGUUACCAACGCCAACUACAAACAACCCUUCCACAGCUACACUCUGCUACCUGAUGCCUUGAACGUGGAACAUUCCAGGAAUGCAAUGCAGAUCCAAAGCGAUAAUCUAUACAAAUCUGACUUCACCAACUGGAUGAAGGGGAUCGGCUGGGUCCCGAUAGAGUCACUGGAGGUGGAGAAAGCAAAGAAAGCUGGAGAGAUCCUUAGUGAGAAGAAGUAUCGCCAGCACCCUGAGAAGCUGAAGUUCACCUAUGCCAUGGACACGAUGGAACAAGCACUUAACAAAAGUAACAAACUGAAUAUGGAUAAGAGGCUCUACACUGAAAAAUGGAACAAAGACAAGACUACCAUUCACGUCAUGCCCGAUACUCCAGACAUUUUACUUUCCAGAAUGAACCAAAUCACCAUGAGUGAUAAACUAUACAAAGCUGGCUGGGAAGAAGAAAAGAAGAAAGGAUAUGACUUGAGGCCUGAUGCCAUCCCUAUAAAGGCUGCCAAAGCCUGUAGAGACAUUGCCAGUGAUUACAAAUACAAGCAAGCCUACGAGCAAGCCAAAGGGAAACACAUUGGGUUCCGGAGCCUAGAGGACGACCCCAAGUUGGUGCACUUCAUGCAAGUGGCCAAGAUGCAGUCAGACCGGGAAUACAAGAAGGGAUAUGAGAAAUCGAAGACUUCCUUCCACACCCCGGUGGACAUGCUGAGCGUGGUGGCAGCCAAGAAGUCUCAGGAAGUGGCCACCAACGCCAACUACAGAAAUGUGAUCCAUUCCUACAACAUGCUUCCCGACGCCAUGGGCUUUGAAUUGGCCAAAAAUAUGAUGCAGAUUCAAAGCGAUAAUCAGUACAAAGCUGACUACGUUGACUUCAUGAAGGGCAUUGGAUGGCUCCCUCUGGGCUCACUAGAGGCUGAGAAAAACAAGAAAGCCAUGGAGAUAAUCAGUGAAAAGAAGUACCGCCAACACCCAGACACUUUGAAGUAUUCCACUUUGAUGGACUCAAUGAACAUGGUUUUGGCCCAGAAUAAUGCAAAAAUUAUGAAUGAACACCUCUACAAACAAGCAUGGGAGGCUGAUAAGACCAAAGUCCACAUUAUGCCUGAUAUCCCCCAGAUUGUCUUGGCAAAGGCAAAUGCAAUUAAUAUGAGUGAUAAACUCUACAAACUUUCUUUGGAAGAAUCUAGAAAGAAAGGCUAUGAUCUCAGAACUGAUGCAAUUCCUAUCAAAGCUGCCAAAGCCUCAAGAGAUAUUGCAAGUGAUUAUAAAUACAAAUACAACUAUGAAAAGGAGAAGGGGAAGAUGGUUGGCUUCCGCAGCCUUGAGGAUGAUCCCAAAUUAGUCCAUUCCAUGCAAGUGGCUAAGAUGCAGUCUGAUCGGGAGUACAAGAAAAACUAUGAGAAUACGAAGACCAGCUACCACACCCCUGCUGACAUGCUCAGUGUCACGGCUGCUAGGGAGGCCCAAGCCAACAUCACCAACGCCAACUAUAAGCAUUUGAUUCACAAGUACAUCCUCCUUCCAGAUGCCAUGAGCAUUGAGCUGAGCAGGAAUAUGAACCGCAUACAGAGUGACAAUGAAUACAAGCAGGACUACAAUGAGUGGUACAAAGGGCUUGGCUGGAGUCCAGCUGGUUCCCUAGAAGUGGAGAAGGCCAAGAAAGCAACUGAAUAUGCCAGUGAUCAGAAAUACCGCCAGCAUCCUAGCAACUUCCAGUUUAAGAAGCUGAAUGACUCCAUGGAUAUGGUUCUUGCCAAACAGAAUGCACAAACCAUGAACAAGUACUUAUAUACUGUUGACUGGAACAAAGAUAAAACCAAGAUUCAUGUGAUGCCAGACACACCAGAUAUUUUACAAGCCAAGCAGAAUCAAACUCUGUAUAGUCAGAAACUCUAUAAACUCGGAUGGGAAGAAGCUCUGAAGAAAGGCUAUGAUCUCCCACCUGACGCAAUUUCUGUACAGUUGGCCAAAGCUUCAACAGACAUCGCUAGUGAUUUUAAAUACAAACAAGGUUACCGCAAACAACUUGGCCACCAUAUUGGAUUCCGGAGUCUGCAAGAUGAUCCAAAGCUUGUGCUGUCCAUGAAUGUAGCCAAAAUGCAGAGUGAAAGAGAAUACAAAAAGGACUUUGAGAAGUGGAAGACCAAGUUCAGCAGCCCAGUGGACAUGUUAGGAGUGGUGCUGGCCAAGAAAUGUCAGGAAUUAGUCAGUGACGUAGACUAUAAGAACUACCUCCACCAGUGGACAUGCCUGCCUGACCAGAAUGAUGUUAUUCAAGCUAAAAAGGUUUAUGAACUGCAGAGUGAGAAUCUGUAUAAGUCUGACCUUGAGUGGCUAAGAGGCAUAGGAUGGAGUCCCCUGGGUUCUUUGGAGGCAGAAAAGAACAAACGGGCUUCAGAAAUCAUCAGCGAGAAGAAAUACCGUCAGCCCCCAGACAGAAACAAAUUUACCAGCAUUCCUGAUGCCAUGGACAUAGUUCUGGCAAAGACAAAUGCCAAAAAUAGGAGUGAUAGACUUUAUAGAGAAGCUUGGGACAAGGACAAGACUCAAAUCCACAUCAUGCCUGAUACACCUGACAUUAUUCUGGCUAAAGCAAACUUAAUCAAUACAAGUGAUAAACUCUACCGAAUGGGUUAUGAGGAAUUGAGGAAAAAAGGUUACGAUCUUCCUCUUGAUGCCAUACCAAUCAAAGCUGCAAAAGCAUCCCGAGAAAUUGCCAGUGAAUACAAGUACAAGGAAGGCUUUCGCAAGCAGCUUGGCCACCAUAUUGGAGCCCGGGACAUCAAAGAUGACCCCAAGAUGAUGUGGUCCAUGCAUGUGGCCAAGAUCCAGAGUGACAGGGAGUACAAGAAGGACUUUGAGAAGUGGAAGACCAAGUUCAGCAGCCCAGUGGACAUGCUGGGGUUGGUCCUGGCCAAGAAGUGCCAGACCUUAGUCAGUGACAUAGACUACAAGAACUACCUGCACCAGUGGACGUGCCUGCCUGACCAGAAUGACGUUAUCCAUGCUCGACAGGCCUAUGACCUCCAGAGUGAUAAUUUGUAUAAGUCCGACCUUCAGUGGCUAAGAGGCAUUGGCUGGUUACCUAGUGGCUCUCUGGAGGAUGAGAAGAAUAAGAGAGCUACCCAGAUUUUGAGUGAUCACGUUUACCGUCAGCACCCAGAUCAAUUCAAGUUCUCCAGCCUUAUGGACUCCAUCCCAAUGGUUUUGGCAAAAAACAAUGCUAUUACCAUGAACCAUCGCCUAUAUACAGAAGCUUGGGAUAAAGAUAAAACCACUGUCCACAUUAUGCCAGAUACUCCUGAAGUUUUACUGGCUAAGCAAAACAAAAUAAAUUACAGUGACAAACUAUAUAAACUUGGCCUAGAAGAAGCCAAGAAGAAAGGCUAUGAUAUGCGGCUGGAUGCCAUUCCCAUCAGGGCAGCCAAGGCCUCUAGAGACAUUGCAAGUGAGUACAAAUACAAAGAAGGCUAUCGUCAGCAACUUGGCCAUCACAUUGGUGCCCGAGCAAUACAUGAUGACCCCAAGAUGAUGUGGUCCAUGCAUGUGGCCAAGGUCCAGAGUGACAGGGAGUACAAGAAGGACUUUGAGAAGUGGAAGACCAAGUUCAGCAGCCCAGUGGACAUGCUGGGGUUGGUGCUGGCCAAGAAGUGCCAGACCUUGGUCAGUGACAUAGACUACAAGAACUACCUGCACCAGUGGACGUGCCUGCCCGACCAGAAUGAUGUCAUCCAUGCUCGACAGGCCUAUGACCUCCAGAGCGAUAACAUGUACAAGUCAGAUCUGCAAUGGUUGAGAGGCAUUGGCUGGGUUCCUAUUGGCUCUUUGGAUGUGGAAAAAUGCAAAAGGGCAACUGAAAUUUUGAGUGAUAAAAUUUAUCGCCAGCCUCCCGACAAAUUCAAAUUUACCAGUGUGACUGAUUCUUUGGAACAAGUGUUAGCCAAGAAUAAUGCCAUCAACAUGAAUAAGCGUUUAUACACGGAAGCCUGGGACAAAGACAAGACCCAGGUCCACAUCAUGCCAGACACACCAGAAAUUACGUUGGCAAGAAUGAACAAAAUCAACUACAGUGAGACUCUUUAUAAACUCGCCAAUGAAGAAGCAAAGAAGAAAGGCUACGACCUGCGAGCCGAUGCCAUCCCAAUCGUGGCAGCCAAGGCCUCCCGGGACAUCGCCAGUGACUACAAAUACAAAGAUGGUUACCGCAAGCAGCUUGGCCACCAUAUUGGAGCCCGGGACAUCAAAGAUGACCCCAAGAUGAUGUGGUCCAUGCAUGUGGCCAAGGUCCAGAGUGACAGGGAGUACAAGAAGGACUUUGAGAAGUGGAAGACCAAGUUCAGCAGCCCAGUGGACAUGCUGGGGUUGGUGCUGGCCAAGAAGUGCCAGACCUUAGUCAGUGACAUAGACUACAAGAACUACCUGCACCAGUGGACGUGCCUGCCCGACCAGAAUGACGUCAUCCAUGCUCGGCAAGCCUAUGACCUCCAGAGCGAUAACAUUUACAAGUCAGAUCUCCAGUGGCUGAAAGGCAUCGGCUGGGUCCCCAUUGGGUCUCUGGAUUUGGUCAAGUGCAAGAGAGCCGCGGAGAUACUGAGUGACAACAUCUACCGCCAGCCUCCGGACCAGUUCAAGUUCACUAGUGUGCCUGAUUCCCUGGAGCAGGUGCUGGCCAAGAACAAUGCCCUCAAUAUGAACAAGCGUUUAUACACAGAGGCCUGGGACAAAGACAAGAAUCAAGUUCAUAUAAUGCCUGAUACCCCGGAGAUCAUGUUGGCAAGGCAGAACAAGCUCAACUACAGUGAGACUCUGUAUAAACUCGCCAACGAAGAAGCAAAGAAGAAAGGCUACGACCUGCGAGCCGAUGCCAUCCCAAUCGUGGCGGCCAAGGCCUCCCGGGACAUUGCCAGUGACUACAAAUACAAAGAUGGUUACCGAAAGCAACUUGGCCAUCACAUUGGAGCCCGAAAUGUUGAGGAUGACCCCAAGAUCAUGUGGUCAAUCCAUGUGGCCAAGAUUCAGAGUGACAGGGAGUACAAGAAGGACUUUGAGAAGUGGAAGACCAAGUUCAGCAGCCCAGUGGACAUGCUGGGGUUGGUGCUGGCCAAGAAGUGCCAGACCUUAGUCAGUGACAUAGACUACAAACAUCCCCUACACGAAUGGAUGUGUCUGCCUGAUCAGAAUGAUGUCAUCCAUGCCCGCAAGGCCUAUGACCUCCAGAGUGACAAUGUUUACAAGUCAGAUCUCCAGUGGCUGAAAGGCAUCGGCUGGGUCCCCAUUGGGUCUCUGGAUUUGGUCAAGUGCAAGAGAGCCGCGGAGAUACUGAGUGACAACAUCUACCGCCAGCCUCCGGACCAGUUCAAGUUCACUAGUGUGCCUGAUUCCCUGGAGCAGGUGCUGGCCAAGAACAAUGCCCUCAAUAUGAACAAGCGCUUAUACACAGAAGCCUGGGACAAAGACAAGACCCAAGUCCACAUCAUGCCUGAUACACCCGAAAUUAUGUUGGCAAGACAAAAUAAAAUAAAUUAUAGUGAGAACUUCUAUCGCCAGGCCAUGGAAGAAGCCAAGAAAGAAGGCUAUGACUUGAGAAGUGAUGCCAUUCCCAUCGUGGCUGCCAAGGCCUCCCGGGACAUUGCCAGUGACUACAAAUACAAAGAAGCGUAUCGCAGGCAGCUAGGCCACCACAUUGGUGCCCGAGCAAUACAUGACGACCCCAAGAUAAUGUGGUCUCUGCACAUUGCCAAAGUGCAGAGUGACCUUGAGUACAAGAAAGAAUUUGAGAAAUACAAGACCAGGUACACCAGCCCAGUGGACAUGCUCGGCAUCGUUCUGGCCAAGCAGUGUCAGACCUUAGUCAGUGAUGUGGACUACAGACAUCCUCUGCACGAGUGGACCUGCCUGCCCGACCAGAAUGACAUCGUCCACGCUCGGAAAGCUUAUGACCUCCAGAGCGACAAUUUAUAUAAGUCAGACCUUGAAUGGCUGAGAGGCAUUGGCUGGGUUCCAAUUGGUUCCAUGGAAGUUGUUAAAGCCAAGAGGGCCACAGAGAUACUGAGUGAUAACAUCUACCGUCAGCGUCCAGAGACACUGAAAUUCACCAGCAUAACUGACACUCCAGAACAGGUGCUGGCCAAGAGCAAUGCUAUGAACAUGAGUAAGCACUUAUAUACUGAAGCCUGGGACAAUGAUAAGAAAACAAUCCAUGUCAUGCCAGAUACACCAGAAAUCAUGCUCGCCAAACUGAACCGCAUAAACUACAGUGAUAAACUCUAUAAACUUGCUUUAGAAGAGUCCAAGAAGGAAGGCUAUGACUUACGUUUGGAUGCCAUCCCAAUUCAGGCGGCCAAGGCUUCAAGAGAUAUUGCUAGUGAUUACAAGUACAAGGAAGGCUACCGCAAACAGCUCGGCCACCACAUUGGGGCCCGGAAUGUUGAGGAUGACCCCAAGAUAAUGUGGUCGAUCCAUGUGGCCAAGAUCCAGAGUGACAGGGAGUACAAGAAGGACUUUGAGAAGUGGAAGACCAAGUUCAGCAGCCCAGUGGACAUGCUGGGGUUGGUGCUGGCUAAGAAGUGUCAGACCUUAGUCAGUGACAUAGACUAUAGACAUCCCCUACACGAAUGGAUGUGUCUGCCUGAUCAGAAUGACGUCAUUCAGGCCCGGAAGGCAUAUGACCUUCAGAGUGAUGCUAUUUACAAGGCUGAUCUUGAGUGGCUGAGAGGCAUUGGAUGGGUGCCCAUUGGCUCAGUAGAGAUCGAGAAGGUGAAGAGAGCUGGAGAAAUCCUGAGUGAAAGGAAGUACCGCCAGCCCGCAGACCAGCUCAAAUUCACAUGUAUCACAGACACCCCAGAGAUUGUCCUGGCAAAGAAUAAUGCCCUGACGAUGAGCAAGCAUUUAUACACAGAAGCUUGGGAUGCUGACAAAACCUCCAUCCAUGUGAUGCCAGACACCCCCGAAAUCCUGCUGGCCAAGAGCAAUUCUGCCAAUAUCAGCCAAAAACUUUACACCAAGGGAUGGGAUGAAUCCAAAAUGAAGGACUAUGAUCUGAGGGCUGAUGCCAUUUCCAUCAAAAGUGCCAAGGCCUCAAGGGACAUCGCCAGUGACUACAAAUACAAAGAAGCAUAUGAGAGACAGAAAGGCCACCACAUUGGAGCCCAGAGCGUUGAAGAUGACCCCAAGAUUAUGUGUGCCAUACAUGCAGGGAAGAUUCAAAGUGAAAGGGAAUACAAGAAGGAAUUCCAGAAGUGGAAGACCAAAUUCAGUAGCCCAGUGGACAUGUUAGGCAUUGUGAUGGCCAAGCAAUCUCAGACUUUGGUCAGUGACGUUGAUUAUCGAAAUUACCUGCAUCACUGGACAUGCUUACCUGAUCAGAAUGACAUCAUCCAAGCAAAGAAGGCCUAUGAACUGCAGAGCGAUAGCGUGUAUAAGGCGGACUUGGAGUGGCUGCGUGGCAUUGGCUGGAUGCCAGAGGACUCUGUAGAAAUGAACAGGGUGAAGAAUGCUCAAGGCCUGGUAAAUGAAAGACUUUAUAGAACGCGGCCAGAAGCCUUGAAGUUCACAUCCAUUGUUGACACGCCAGAUGUUGUCCUGGCAAAAACCAACUCUCUGCAAAUAAGUGAGAAACUAUAUCAAGAUGCAUGGAAUAAAGAUAAAACCAAUAUCACCAUUCCUUCUGACACGCCAAUCAUGCUGCAGGCCCACAUAAAUGCCAUGCAAAUCAGCAAUAAACUUUACCAAAAAGACUGGAAUGAGACCAAGCAGAAAGGCUAUGACUUAAGAGCAGAUGCUAUUGAAAUCAAACAAGCCAAAGCCUCCAGAGAAAUUGCCAGUGAGUACAAAUACAAAGAAGGUUACCGUAAGCAACUGGGCCACCAUGUGGGUUUCCGCACCCUGCAAGAUGACCCCAAAUUGGUAUGGUCUAUACAUGCUGCCAAGAUCCAGAGUGACAGAGAAUACAAGAAAGCUUAUGAGAAGUCUAAAGGAAUUCACAAUACACCGUUGGACAUGAUGUCGAUUGUUCAGGCCAAGAAAUGUCAGGUCCUGGUUAGCGAUGUUGAUUAUCGCAAUUAUCUGCACCAGUGGACAUGUUUGCCAGAUCAGAAUGAUGUGAUCCAGGCUAAGAAGGCCUACGAACUGCAGAGCGAUAACGUGUACAAGUCAGACCUGGAAUGGUUGAAGGGUAUAGGAUGGUUGCCAGAGGGUUCUGUGGAAGUGAUGAGAGUGAAGAAUGCCCAGAAUCUCCUGAAUGAGAGGUUGUAUCGUAUAAAACCUGAGGACUUCAAAUUCACCAGCAUUGUCGAUACCCCUGAAGUCAUCCAGGCAAAGAUCAAUGCUGUACAGAUCAGUGAGCCAUUGUAUCGUGAUGCCUGGGAGAGAGAGAAGGCGAAUGUGAAUGUGCCAGCUGACACUCCAGUGAUGCUGCAGUCCAAGAUCAAUGCCAUACAUAUCAGUGAUAAACAAUAUAAGCAAGCUUGGGAAGCUGUCAAGAUGACGGGUUAUGACCUGCGGGAAGAUGCCAUACCAAUUCAGCACGCCCGGGCUUCCAGGGAUAUCGCCAGUGAUUAUCUGUACAAAACUGCUUACGAGAAACAGAAAGGCCAUUAUAUUGGAUGUCGCAAUGCCAAGGAAGACCCUAAACUGGUUUGGGCGGCAAAUGUGUUAAAGAUGCAGAAUGACAGGCUAUACAAAAAGGCCUACAAUGACCACAAGGCCAAGAUCUCCAUCCCAGUGGACAUGGUGUCCAUCAAUGCUGCCAAAGAAGGCCAGACAUUAGCAAGUGAUGUGGACUAUCGCCAGUACCUGCACCACUGGUCUUGCUUUCCCGACCAGAAUGAUGUGAUCCAAGCCAGGAAAGCCUACGACCUGCAGAGUGAUGCCAUCUAUAAGGCUGACCUGGAGUGGCUUCGUGGCAUUGGCUGGAUGCCCGAAGGGUCUCCUGAGGUGCUGAGGGUCCAAAAUGCCCAGAAGAUCCUGCGAGACAGUGUCUACCGUACACCUGUAGUGAGCCUCAAGUACACAAGUGUUGUCGACACACCUGAAGUUGUCCUUGCUAAGUCAAAUGCUGAAAACAUUAGUAUUCCAAAGUACAGAGAAGUUUGGGACAAGGAUAAAACUUCCGUCCACAUAAUGCCAGAUACACCAGAAAUUAAUCUUGCUAGAGCUAAUGCUCUUAAUGUGAGCAAUAAAAUUUACCGCGAGGAUUGGGAUGAAAUGAAGAUGAGUUGCGACGUACGGCUGGAUGCCAUCCCCAUCCAGGCUGCCAAGGCCUCCAGGGAGAUUGCCAGUGACUAUAAAUACAAGCUUGACCACGAGAAACAGAAGGGACACUAUGUGGGGACCCCCACGGCCAGGGAUGACAACAAAAUCCGCUGGGCCCUCAUAGCUGGCAAGAUUCAGAAUGAAAGAGAGUACCGGCUGCACUGGGCCAAAUGGAAGACCAAGUUCCAAAGCCCUGUGGAUAUGCUUUCCAUUGUGCAUUCUAAAAAUUGCCAGACCCUGGUCAGCGACAUUGAUUACCGCAAUUACUUACACCAGUGGACCUGCAUGCCUGACCAGAAUGAUGUGAUUCAGGCCAAGAAAGCCUACCAACUGCAAAGUGAUGCUGUCUACAAGGCGGACUUGGAAUGGUUACGUGGGAUCGGGUGGAUGCCAAAUGAUUCCGUUUCUGUCAAUCACGCCAAACAUGCCGCGGAUAUCUUCAGUGAGAAAAAAUACCGCACAAAAAUAGAAACUCUCAACUUUACUCCGGUGGAUGACAGAGUUGAUUACGUGACUGCAAAACAAAGUGGUGAGAUCCUCAAUGAUAUUAAAUACCGGAAAGAUUGGAACGAUACCAAAUCGAAAUACACCCUCACAGAAACCCCUUUGCUGCACACUGCCCAGGAGGCAGCCCGGAUACUGGACCAGUAUCUCUACAAGGAAGGCUGGGAGAAGCAGAAAGCUACGGGUUACAUCUUGCCUCCAGAUGCAGUACCGUUUGUUCACGCCCAUCACUCUAGUGACGUUCAGAGCGAGCUGAAAUACAAAGCUGAGCAUGUAAAACAGAGAGGUCAUUAUGUUGGUGUUCCGACGAUGAGAGAUGAUCCCAAACUGGUUUGGUUUGAGCAUGCAGGCCAGAUUCAAAAUGACAGACUGUACAAAGAGGACUAUCAUAAAACAAAGGCCAAGAUCAAUAUACCUGCUGAUAUGGUGUCGGUGUUGGCUGCCAAGCAUGGGCAGGAGCUUGUCAGUGAUAUUGAUUACCGUAAUUACCUGCACCAGUGGAUAUGUCAUCCUGACCAAAAUGAUGUUAUCCAGGCAAGGAAGGCCUAUGACCUACAGAGCGAUAAUGUCUACAAAGCUGACCUGGAGUGGCUCCGUGGCAUUGGCUGGAUACCCUUGGAUUCUGUGGACUAUGUGAGGGUUACGAAGAACCAGGAAAUGGUGAACCAGAUAAAAUAUAAGAAAGAUGCUCUUGACAACUAUCCUAACUUUACAAGUGUGGUGGACCCACCAGCGGUUGUUUUGGCUAAGAUUAACUCAGUCAAUCAAAGUGAUAUAAAAUAUAAAGAAACAUUUAAUAAAAGAAUAAAGGGCAAGUAUACAUUUUCUCCAGAUACGCCAUAUAUCACCCACUCCAAAGACAUGGGAAAGCUCUAUAGUACUAUACUGUAUAAAGGGGCAUGGGAAGGAACCAAGGCCUACGGAUAUACCUUGGAUGAACGUUACAUUCCUAUUGUUGGAGCCAAGCAUGCUGACUACGUGAACAGUGAGCUUAAAUACAAAGAGACCUAUGAGAAGCAGAAGGGCCACUACCUGGCUGGAAAAGAAAUCAGUGAGUUCCCUGGUGUGGUUCACUGUCUGGAUUUCCAAAAGAUGAGGAGUGUGUUGAACUACAGAAGAGAUUACGAGGACACCAAAGCCAAUGUUCACAUCCCCAUUGAUAUGAUGAAUCACGUACUGGCUAAACACUGCCAGUACAUCCUCAGUGACCUGGAAUACCAACACUUCUUCCAUCAGUGGACGUCUCUCCCAGAAGAACCCAACGUUAUACGGGCUCGCAAUGCUCAGGAAAUCUUGAGUGAUAAUGUGUAUAAGGAUGACUUGAAUUGGCUGAAAGGCAUUGGAUGCUACGUUUGGGAUACACCUCAGAUCCUCCAUGCCAAGAAAGCAUAUGACCUCCAGAGUCAGCUGCAAUACACGGCAGCAGGGAAAGAAAAUCUGCAAAACUACAACCUGGUCACGGACACCCCGCUUUACGUGACUGCUCUUCAAAGUGGCAUCAACGCCAGUGAGGUGAAAUAUAAAGAAAAUUACCAUCAGAUUAAGGACAAAUACACGACCGUUCUAGAAACAGUGGAUUACGACAGAACCAAGAACCUGAAGAGUCUUUAUAGCAGCAACCUGUACAAGGAGGCUUGGGAUAGAGUGAAAGCCACCAGCUACAUCUUGCCUACCAGCACCAUGUCCCUGACACAUGCCAAGAACCAGAAGCACCUGGCCAGCAAUAUCAAAUAUCGAGAAGAAUAUGAGAAGUUCAAAGCUCUUUAUACUUUACCAAAAAGUGUUGAGGAUGACCCAAAUACAGCACGCUGUCUGAGAGUUGGCAAGUUUAACAUUGAUCGCCUCUACAGAUCAGUUUAUGAAAAGAACAAGAUGAAAAUCCACACUGUGCCUGACAUGGUUGAGAUGGUUACUGCUAAGGAUUCUCAGAAGAAAGUCAGUGAGAUUGACUACCGCCUCCAUCUCCAUGAGUGGAUUUGCCAUCCUGACUUGCAAGUCAACAGCCACGUCAGGAAAGUCACGGAUCAGAUCAGCGAUAUUGUGUACAAGGAUGACCUCAACUGGCUAAAAGGCAUUGGUUGCUAUGUCUGGGACACUCCUGAAAUUCUUCACGCCAAACAUGCUUAUGAUCUACGGAACGAUAUCAAGUACAAAUCUCAUGCACAGAAAACGAGGAAUGACUACAAGCUGGUCACUGAUACUCCAGUCUACGUGCAGGCUGUCAAAAGUGGGAAACAACUAAGUGAUGCUGUUUACCACCAUGACUAUGUGCACAGUGUCAGGGGCAAAGUGGCUCCAACAACAAAAACGGUGGAUCUGGAGCGGGCCCUUCAUGCCUACAAGCUCCAGAGUGAGGGUCUGUACCGAGAUGCUGGCCGGCGCUCUUUGCCUACUGGAUAUAGGCUUCCAGGCGACACCCCUCACUUCAAACAUGCCAAAGACACCCGAUACAUGAGCAGUUAUUUCAAAUACAAAGAAGUUUAUGAACACAUCAAAGCAAACGGAUAUACCCUUGGGCCCAAAGACGUUCCAUUUGUCCAUGUCCGGAGGGUCAACGAUGUUACCAGUGAGAGAUUGUAUCGCCAAUUGUACCACAAACUGAAAGACAAGAUUCACACAACUCCCGACACACCUGAAAUCCGCCAAGUCAAGAAGACACAAGAGGCUGUCAGUGAGUUGAUCUACAAAUCAGACUUAUUCAAGAUGCGAGGCCACAUGAUCUCAAUGCCAUACACACCCCAAGUGAUCCAUUGCCGCUACGUGGGAGAUAUCACCAGUGAUAUUAAAUAUAAAGAGGACUUGCAGAUCCUCAGGGGACUGGGCUGCUUCCUGUAUGACACUCCCGACAUGGUCCGCUCCCGGCACCUGCGCAAACUCUGGUCUAACUACCUGUACACCGAUAAGGCAAGGAAGAUGCGAGACAAGUACAAAGUGGUGCUUGACACUCCGGAAUACAGAAAAGUGCAGGAGCUGAAGACACAUCUGAGCGAGCUGGUGUACAGAGCUGCAGGCAAAAAGCAGAAGUCAAUCUUCACCUCAGUUCCCGACACUCCUGAUCUUUUAAGAGCCAAGCGAGGGCAGAAGCUUCAGAGUCAGUAUCUGUAUGUUGAACUUGCCACCAAAGAGAGACCCCAUCAUCAUGCUGGAAACCAGACCAAAGCCUUGAAGCAUGCUAAAGAUGUAAAGGACCUGGUCAGUGAGAAAAAGUACAAGAUUCAAUAUGAAAAAAUGAAGGACAAGUACACCCCUGUUCCAGACACGCCAAUCCUCAUCAGAGCCAAGAAAGCUUACUGGAAUGCCAGUGAUCUACGCUACAAAGAAACAUUUGAAAAGACCAAAGGAAAAUACCACACUGUGAAGGAUGCUCUGGACAUUGUUUAUCAUCGUAAAGUCACAGAUGACAUUAGUAAAGUAAAAUACAAGGAGAACUACAUGAGUCAGUUGGGAAUCUGGUUGUCCAUUCCUGAUCGCCCAGAUCAUUUCCACCACCGGGCAGUCACUGAUGCAGUCAGUGAUGUAAAAUAUAAAGAAGAUCUGACCUGGCUUAAGGGCAUUGGUUGCUAUGCCUUUGACACCCCUGACUUCACUCUGGCUGAAAAGAACAAGACUCUCUACAGCAAGUAUAAGUACAAAGAGGUAUUUGAAAGGACGAAGUCAGAUUUCAAGUAUGUUGCAGAUUGUCCAAUCAAUAAGCAUUUCAAGUAUGCAACUCAGUUGAUGAAUGAGAGAAAAUAUAAAUCUAGUGCCAAGAUGCUUCUGAAACAAGGAUGUAAUGAAAUUCUACGUCCAGAUAUGUUGACUGCCCUCUACAACACACACAUGUGGAGCCAGAUCAAGUACAGAAAAGAUUAUGAAAAAUCAAAGGACAAGUUUACCGCAAUCGUGGAUACUCCAGAACACCUGCGUACCACAAAAGUCAACAAACAAAUUAGUGAUAUACUUUAUAAGUUGGAAUACAACAAGGCCAAGCCAAGAGGCUACACGACAAUCCACGACACACCCAUGUUGCUGCACGUCCGAAAGGUCAAAGAUGAAGUCAGUGAUCUGAAAUACAAAGAAGUUUACCAAAGAAAUAAGUCCAACUGCACCAUUGUGCCAGACUCUGUUCAUAUCAAAGCAGCCAAGGAUGCCUACAAAGUCAACACCAACCUGGACUACAAGAAGCAGUAUGAAGCCAACAAAGCCUACUGGAGGUGGACCCCUGAUCGACCAGACUUCAUCCAGGCAGCCAAGUCGUCCCUACAGCAGAGCGAUGUUGAGUAUAAGCUGGACCGAGAGUUCCUCAAAGGUUGCAAGCUUUCUGUCACUGAUGAUAAAGACAUGGUGCUGGCCCUGAGGAAUUCUUUAAUAGAAAGUGACCUGAAAUACAAAGAGAAACAUGUCAAGGAAAGGGGAACCUGCCAUGCUGUGCCUGACACUCCUCAGAUCCUCCUGGCAAAGACUGUCAGCAAUCUGGUGUCUGAGAACAAGUACAAGGACUAUGUCAAGAAGCACCUGGCCCAGGGCUCAUACACAACACUGCCAGAGACCAGGGACACCAUCCAUGUCAAGGAAGUGACCAAGAAUGUCAGUGACACAAAUUACAAAAAGAAGUUCGUCAAGGAGAAAGGGAAAUCCAACUACUCCAUCAUGCUGGAGCCCCCGGACGUGAAGCAUGCUAUGGAGGUGGCCAAGAAGCAGAGCAAUGUCGCAUACAAAAAAGAUGCCAAGGAAAACCUGCAUUACACCACGGUGGCUGAUCGGCCAGACAUCAAGAAGGCCACGCAGGCAGCCAAACAGGCCAGUGAGGUGGAGUACAGAGCCAAGCACCGCAAGGAAGGCAGCCAUGGGUUAAGCAUGCUUGGUCGCCCAGACAUUGAAAUGGCCAAGAAGGCAGCCAGGCUGAGCAGCCAGGUUAAAUACCGAGAAAAUUUCAACAAAGAGAAGGGCAAAACACCGAAAUUCAAUCCAAAAGACAGCCAGCUCUACAAAGUCAUGAAAGAUGCUAACAAUCUCGCAAGUGAGGUUAAAUAUAAGGCCGACCUGAAGAAACUUCACAAGCCUGUGACUGAUAUGAAGGAAUCUCUGAUAAUGAAUCAUGUGCUGAAUACCAGCCACCUUGCCAGUUCUUACCAGUACAAGAAGAACUAUGAGAAGAGUAAAGGCCACUACCACACAAUACCUGAUAAUCUGGAGCAGCUUCAUCUCAAGGAGGCCACAGAGUUGCAGAGCAUAGUGAAAUACAAAGAAAAGUAUGAAAAGGAACGGGGAAAGCCCAUGUUGGACUUUGAAACACCAACGUACAUCACUGCCAAAGAGUCUCAGCAAAUGCAAAGUGGGAAAGAAUAUAGGAGAGAUUAUGAAGAGUCCAUUAAAGGCAGAAACCUGACAGGCCUGGAGGUCACACCAGCUUUAUUACAUGUCAAAUAUGCAACCAAAAUAGCCAGCGAGAAAGAAUACAGGAAAGACCUAGAGGAAAGCAUCCGGGGGAAGGGUCUCAGUGAAAUGGAAGACACACCUGAUAUGCUGAGAGCAAAGAACGCCACUCAGAUCCUCAAUGAGAAAGAAUAUAAGAGAGACUUGGAGCUGGAAGUCAAAGGAAGAGGCCUGAAUGCCAUGGCCAAUGAAACUCCCGACUUCAUGAGGGCCAAGAAUGCUACUGAUAUUGCCAGUCAGAUUAAGUAUAAGCAGUUAGCAGAAAUGGAAAAAGCCAAUUUCACUUCUGUGGUUGAUACUCCGGAGAUCAUUCAUGCCCAGCAAGUCAAGAACCUUUCAAGCCAGAAAAAGUACAAGGAAGAUGCAGAGAAGUGCAUGUCCUAUUAUGAGACUGUUUUGGACACCCCAGAGAUACAGAGAGUCCGGGAGAACCAAAAGAACUUCAGCCUUCUCCAAUACCAGUGUGACCUUAAAAACAGUAAAGGAAAAGUUACAGUUGUUCAAGACACACCAGAAAUACUGCGUGUUAAAGAAAAUCAAAAGAAUUUCAGCUCGGUUUUAUACAAAGAGGAUGUCUCGCCGGGAACGGCAAUCGGAAAGACCCCUGAGAUGAUGAGAGUGAAGCAAACACAGGAUCACAUUAGCUCGGUGAAGUAUAAGGAAGCUAUUGGCCAAGGAACCCCAAUUUCUGACCUGCCAGAAGUAAAACGUGUCAAAGAGACACAGAAGCACAUUAGCUCGGUUAUGUACAAAGAAAACUUGGGAACAGGCAUUCCAACCCCUGUCACUCCAGAGAUUGAGAGAGUCAAACGCAAUCAAGAGAACUUUAGCUCGGUUUUGUACAAAGAAAAUUUGGGGAAAGGAACCCCAACACCUAUCACUCCAGAGAUUGAGAGAGUCAAACGCAAUCAAGAGAACUUUAGCUCGAUUUUGUACAAAGAGAACUUGAGCAAGGGGACCCCCAUUGCUGUCACUCCUGAGAUGGAGCGAGUCAAACGCAAUCAAGAAAACUUUAGCUCGGUGUUGUAUAAAGAAAACCCUGGGAAAGGGAUCCCAAUUCCCAUCACUCCAGAGAUGGAGAGAGUCAAACACAAUCAAGAAAACUUUAGUUCGGUGCUAUACAAGGAAAACCUGGGGACUGGAAUUCCAAUCUCCAUCACUCCUGAGAUGCAGAGAGUCAAACAGAAUCAAGAAAACCUUAGCUCGGUGUUGUACAAAGAAAAUAUGGGCAAGGGAACCCCUUUACCUGUCACUCCAGAGAUGGAGAGAGUCAAACACAAUCAAGAAAAUAUUAGCUCGGUUUUGUACAAAGAAAGUGUGGGGAAAGCGACCCCAACCCCUGUCACGCCAGAGAUGCAGAGAGUCAAACGCAAUCAAGAGAACAUUAGCUCGGUGUUAUACAAAGAGAACCUGGGGAAAGCGACCCCUACACCCUUUACUCCUGAGAUGGAAAGAGUCAAACGCAAUCAAGAAAACUUUAGCUCGGUAUUAUACAAAGAGAAUAUGAGAAAAGCAACUCCGACACCUGUUACUCCAGAGAUGGAGCGAGCUAAGCGCAACCAAGAAAACAUUAGCUCGGUUCUUUAUUCUGAUAGCUUCCGGAAACAAAUACAAGGCAAAGCUGCCUAUGUCUUAGACACUCCAGAGAUGAGACGGGUGCGGGAAACCCAACGCCACAUCUCAACGGUGAAAUAUCAUGAAGACUUUGAGAAACACAAGGGUUGCUUCACACCAGUGGUGACGGACCCUAUCACUGAACGAGUAAAGAAGAACACACAGGAUUUCAGUGACAUUAACUACCGAGGUAUUCAGAGAAAGGUGGUAGAAAUGGAACAAAAACGGAAUGACCAGGAUCAGGAGACUAUUACAGGUUUUCGUGUCUGGCGUACUAAUCCUGGCUCAGUGUUUGACUAUGAUCCAGCAGAAGACAACAUUCAAUCACGAAGCUUACACAUGAUUAAUGCGCAAGCGCAGCGCCGGAGCCGGGAGCAUUCCCGGUCGGCCAGUGCACUGAGCAUCAGUGGAGGCGAGGACAAGUCUGAGCACUCGGAAGCCGCUGACCAGCGCCUCUCCACCUACAGUGACGGCGGCGGGGUCUUCUUCUCUGCAACCUCCUCAGCUUACAAACAUGCAAAAACCACGGAGCUCCCACAACAGCGAUCAUCUUCAGUUGCCACUCAACAGACAACAGUAUCCUCCAUCCCAUCUCACCCAUCUACUGCUGGGAAAAUCUUCCGUGCCAUGUACGACUAUAUGGCUGCUGAUGCAGAUGAGGUGUCCUUCAGAGAUGGAGAUGCUAUUGUAAAUGUCCAAGCGAUUGAUGAAGGUUGGAUGUACGGCACUGUGCAGAGGACGGGCAGGACCGGCAUGCUGCCCGCCAACUACGUGGAGGCUAUUUAAUAAGCAUGUCAGAGUGUCGCACCUGUCUGAGGACCUGCACGAUCUGCAGUCAGUAUUUCCGUUCAGACUCUCCACUAUUACCUAAGUCCUCAAGCUGCCUAAUGGUUUUUCUGUGUCAGUAUGAUUAAUAGUUGUACCAUCCCUUAAUCUGUUUCUACAUGAACCUCAGUAAUUCUCCACUAAAACAAAUGUUAAUCAGAUUUACUACAUUAUUUUCUGGACGUGGACAUAAAACUUAAGAGACAACAUUAAACCCAUCGGUUCAUUUUUAAAAUUGUCAUUAGUAAAUUUCCAUAGUGUUUUAAAGGAAGUUUAAUUAUAGAAUAGACAUUUUAAAAGUUUAUGCACUGUUAUUGCUGUAUCAGCCCAGAGUCUGUCUCCAUUAUGAAAAUGUUUGACUUUUUAAACAAGGAUUCUGAACAUGUUAAACACAUUAAAGAUAAAUGGCAGAAAUACUCACCUUUUCCUUGUUUACUGAAUGCUGAUGCUUUUAAUUCUAGUCCAGUUCUGAAGUUAUAAAGGUGAUAGUCAAUAUAAACAGUGGAUAAGCUAGUAAUAAAGUCUGUCAUUCUGCAAUAAACACCACUGAUCUAAUGACUGUUAACUUA